AAUAAAAUUUCACUUAUUAGCCUCUCUGCAAAUAUGAUAUAGCACUGCCAUGGAUAUUUCAUUCUAUCCACACAGGAUCCCAACUGUACCCUCAUAGAUCUACCAACGUUAGCAAAGAUCUACCUGUAGCCAGCAUUUCGGUAGACUAUGUCGCAAAUGACUAUUGCGACAUCAAAAUAGUAGGUUUGAAACGCUCUAUCAUUUCACAAUAUUAGCGUUUGCCCUGAGAACGAGGCUCCAAAGAAUGGUGGUGCUUGUUGUGAAGUGGGUACUUGAUAAAUACAAGAAGAUGUUUUACUUCAAGCCUGAAUGUUCUAUCACCUUGGUUUUACGGUUUAGCACUUAAAACCCAAAACAGAUAUUAAGCUUGCUUUGUAGAAAAUGAGAUUCAAUGAGAAGGAGCUGCGCUAUGUCUCGAGGAAGAUAUCAGCAGAUCGCGAAGGUCGAUUGGCCCACAAACCACCUAGGGAAAAUGGUUACAAAGAAAGAUGGUUCAAGUUGAUGAACAAUUUGCUGUUUUACUACAGAACGGACCAUGGGGUCAUGUCAGAAACUGAGGCAUGUGGUAUUUUAGUUCUUGAAAAAUGCAGGACACAGAUUGAAGUGGAUGGAAACAGUCUGUUUGUGUUCUCAAUUGUGUUUGAAGAUGACAGAGACAAGAAGCAUAUGUUCAGUGGCCAAAAUGAGAAUCAAAUCAGGGAAUGGAUGGAUGCCAUCAAUAGAGCAAGUUUUGAUCAUCUGCGCUCCAAAAUCCAAGUUUUGAGGUCUCAAAUAGCACAGAGGAGAGGCAAGGGUCCAGCAUUAGCUUUGAGUGAGCAGCAAGUCAGACCAAGCAUGCAGGAGACAAAAGAACAUCACAGAAUAAGACAAGACAAGCAUUUCAGUUUGUUCUUCCCUUCAGAAAUUGGAAGGAAAGAUAUAGGGGAGGCACUCCUUGUUGACUUAUGACCAUAAAGGAAUGGGAUCCAUACCAUAAUGCCACCCAAUAGCAGGGCAGAGUGACAGUAAAGAGCUGUUGUCUUUGGUAACACGACUGUAACAAUUUUGAAAUAUCCGUGUACCGUUU